UAGCAUUAACUUUGGAGGACGUCGCGGCCGCCAAAGCCAGUUUUAUAAAUAAACGUGUGCAUUUAUUCUCAGUGUAAGAGCACAUAAAUAAACAGUAAGGGAAUAUGCUAUCACACAAAUAGUUUAUGUUUUAAACUGUUCAUUUAAAACACGCAAGAUAUUAAAUAUUAAAGUGUAUUUGUCAGGAAUUCGGUCAGAGAAAGUGAUCACGUAGCUAAUAUUUAAUCAAAGAUGAAUAAAAUAAAAUUCCUUCGGUUUAUGAGUAGAACACGGACGUUAUGUGGCGGCUACAACAAAUAUCCGGGAUUUCUUCAACAGUCUUUGAAGAGACAUAUGCAGACAAGUGUCUCAAUAUCUCAAAUAAUGAAAGAAAAAGAGAUUUUUCACGAUGCACUGCCAGGUAUCAUAGACAACCUGCAAGCUAGCUCCAAGAUAUCACAACUCCCUGAAGUGGGCAACUGGGUCAGGAAGGUGCUUGAACACAAUUUGACCGGUGGCAAACAUUCAAGAGGUAUAAUCACAAUGCUAUCAUAUGAGAUGCUGGAAACACCUGAAAAAGUUACUGAUGAGAAACUCAAGUUGGCCAGGGUUCUUGGAUGGUGUGUAGAAAUGCUACAAGCCUACUUCAUAGUAGUAGACGAUAUAAUGGACAGAUCGACAACACGUCGAGGCAUGCCAUGCUGGUACCGGAUGCCGAACGUUGGUCUAGGCGCCUUAAACGACUCCAUACUCAUACAUUGUGCUAUUAUGGAAACGCUAGAGACGUACUUCGGUAAAACGGAACAUUAUGUAGAUGUUGUUCGACUUUUUAAUGAGGCACUACUCUAUACCUCAAUGGGACAACACUUGGACUUCACGACGGCCCACCACAAAAAAGACUACAGUCUAUUCACAAUAGACCGAUACGAGUCUAUUGUGAAGUACAAGACUAGUUGCUAUACCUUCAGGUUGCCUGUCCUGUUGGGGCUGGUACAGGUUCAAGAUGUUGAUAAGAGAAUGUAUGCGGAUGUUGAUGAUAUCUGCUUCAAGUUGGGCAGACUGUUUCAAAUGCAGGACGACUACAUAGACUGUUACGGCGACGAAUCGGUCACCGGCAAAGCAGGUACCGACAUCCAAGAAGGUAAGUGCUCCUGGUUAGCUGUCACCGCUUUAAAGCGCUGCAACGAUGCACAAAGAGAACUCUUCACAAACCACUAUGGCAGCGAUAAGCCAGAACACGUGGACAUUAUCAAGCGGCUUUACGGUGAUUUGAGACUCCCAGAGAUUUACCUACAAGAAGAGACUGAACUCCAUAAUGAUAUUACUUCGAAAGUGAGAGCGUUGCCCUCUGAAACCGCUCCAACGUUCUUCUUUAAGCUAAUAGACAGGAUUUAUAAGAGGAAACAUUAAUUGUUAGUCGAUAAGUCAAGCGCCGAGCAAGCUUGUUCGAUUUCUGACCCAAUAUUAUUAUCGAUUAUUUUUUCAUUCGAUUCUUUCUGUUCGAUGGUCGAUAAAGUUUGCUCGGCUAUAAAUGGAUAUUUGUCGAGAGAUUUUCAUAAUAUAUUUUUACUGUUUAAUCGUCGGUGAAGUAAUACCAAUAUUGUUUAUUUAUUUUCGGGUUAAUGUCAUGACAAUAAUAUUUUUAACGAUUAUGCUCGAUUAUUUUAAUCGAAUAUAAGUUAUGAAUGGGCAUUCUUAAUUUUUCUUUUUAUUACUAUUUUAAGAGUCACAAAAUAAAUUAAGUUGUAUGCAUAUAGAAAUUUUAUCUUAGUUAUUUACACCUUCGUACAUGCUUGUCAUUGAAUACCAGUGACUAGAAUAUCCUUCCGACCGACAUUCCAAUGUUGGUUACCCAUCACUCAUAAUAUUGACGCCAGUAUUAAGAGAUUAGAGAGAGUAUUGAGGAAUAUAUUGCUAAGUGAGCCUUAUAUUAUUAACUAAAGUCUGUCAACAAGGGAAGUUCAACGACAACCGACAAACAUAUUUUUUUUUUGCGUUCCAUUUUCAAAGUAGACGGACGUUUAUAUUGUCGAUGAAAAUCGGUUUAGUUUGUUAUAGUUAACAGUCGAGAGGAUGUUAUUUUGACUGUGAUUAUUUUGAAUAAUAACUGAAAUGAUAAAUAAUGAACGUUACCGUUUCUUGUUUAUGUGUAUCAAUGUGUUAAUUAGAUGACAAAUAUUAAAGACGGCAAUUCAGUACUCUUGUUAGAUUUAUGUGCCAAAUACAAUAUACAUAGAAAAAAAAAGAGUGCAUCUGGAAACUCAGUCAGCCUUACUACAAAAACUUAAACAUCUGUUGAACACUUGUCUAAAAAAAUUGUAGCUGCAAAAUGGACUUUAUUUCAACGUCAUAAUCUGUCAUUUUUUAGAAAAGUGUUGAACAGACGUUUAAAAGUUUUUGUGGUAAGACGGAGUAUGUUUAGGUUUGAAUAUGUUUUUAUUUGAAAAAAAAGAUAAGUUUUUCUAUAUACAUAAAUUGAGAACGCGAGGAAUUAAAUACUGUUUUUAAAGAGCUUGUAUUCGAUUCUAAAUCUUGAAUGAAAAUAAAAUUCAUAACAUUAGUCGAGCUCGUUACCUAUGGUGCUUUUAUCAUACAUGUAAUGUUGUAAUAAAAUAAAAGGAAGUCUGUAUAGAGAACCAUAAAGACCUAGAGAGGUAAUAUUAUUUUUGAUUAAGGGUUAACGUAUAAAGCUAUUUAUAAAAUUGGGCAUUUUUUAUUUAUUUUCGGAAUUAGCUAUGAACGCAAGGUAUAAUGUUUAUGAGAUGCACGGAGUCCAGCACAUCAACCUACCUCAAUCUGUCAAAUUUCUUCAAUAGAUUUUCAACCUUAUCGCAAUAGUGGAGGUUCGAUUGGUAAAAUUUGACAGAUUCGGGUAGGUUGACCUGCUGGCGUCUGUACCUUCACAUUGUAAAUAUUUUAAAUCUUGAAUAAAGACUUUUGGCGCCUUUAUAAUCUGUGUUGAAUGAUUGAAGAAUUAUAUUUAUUAUGUUAAAACCUUUGUUUGUGACUUUGUGUAAACGGGUUUAAGGGCAUGUUAUUGUUUGGCAUAUUAGCAUAUAUAUAAUUUAUGUUGUGCGGUAAUUAUUGUAAUUUUAACUUCAUCGCUCAUAAUUUCAGUAAGCUUUAUAUUGAUGACUUUGGUGUCAAAAUACAGAAGACUUAUAUUAAUAGGUAUGUAAUUAAAAUUAUAUGCAGGCAAUGUACUCUUUAUACAUAUUAUGUAUAGUCGCCCAAAAAUGUGCACUACCCUUUGUGUGUGAUUUAUUAAAACGUUUUGAAACAACAA